AUGCAGCUCACUAUCUCACGACCUCCAGGCUAUGUACUGUCAGCCAUUGCGAUCUCGCUCGGAGGUUUCUUGAAUGGCUAUGAUACAGGCAGUAUAGGUGCUGUGACUGAGAUGAGCUAUUUCGCAAUCGAUAUUGGUGAACUCUCACCCUUCCUGCGUGGUUUCACAGUCUCUUUGAUCAUGCUCACGGGUGCCUUUCCUUCCUUCUUUGCUGGACAGCUUGCCGAUCGCUUCGGGAGAUUGGAAAUUGUUGCAGCGGGUGCUCUAGUCUUCACUAUCGGAGCUGCCCUAGAGGGAGCCGCAAGUAAACUUGGCAUGUUCCUUGCGGGCCGGGCACUCUGUGGUAUAGGCGAAGGUCUUUGGUUGAGUAAUGUCAGCGUGNNUAUAUUACUGAGAUUGCUCCAUCGGCUCGAAGAGGUAUGCUGGUCUCUAUGCCUCAAUUCAUGGCUUGUGCAGGUAUAUGUGCUGGCUACUUCACCUGCUACGGAAGCGUACGAAUCGAAUCGAGUUUCUCGUGGCGAGNCUCCCUACAUCAUUCAAGCCAUCCUCGGACUUGUCUUAACCACCAUGCCGCUGAUUUUGCCUCAGUCACCUCGCUGGCUUCUUGUGCAUGGUCACCGCGACAAGGCCGUUCAAGAACUUAAACGCCUUGACUUUAGUGCAGUUGAGGCUGAGAAAGAUUUGCUUGGUCCUGCUGCCGAACAACGUAUGGCUGUGCGCCAGCCAGGUGCCGUAGAGGGACUGACCAUGCUCUUCCGCAAACCAUAUCGCAGACCUGCCUUACUCGCUCUUUACGUCCUCGGUGUGAUUCAGUUGAGUGGAAUUGACGGAGUAUUGUACUACGCGCCUACCCUAUUCAACCAAGCCGGCCUCGAUGCUCAAACCGCUUCCUUCCUGGCAUCAGGCCUGUCAGCAAUCCUCAUCCUUGCAAUCAGCGUUCCCGCACUUCUUCUUGCGGACAAAGUCUCUCGCCGCAGCAGUGUCAUCGUAGGCGGCUGCGUCCUAACCUUCUGCAUGUUCACAGUCGGCUCUCUCUACGCCUCGAACUCUGUCACGCCGCAAAACCCCGCUCGCUGGCUUGUCAUUAUUCUAGUCUUCGUCUUUGGCCUCGCAUACUCGGCAACCUGGGGCAUAGUCGGCAAAAUCUACGCUUCGGAGAUCCAACCAGCAGCUACAAGAUCUGCAGCAAGCGCCGUCGCCCAAGGACUAGGUUUCUUUACCAAUUGGAUUGUGGCUAUUAUUACGCCUGUCCUACUAGCGAAAUCGAGUUAUGGAGCUUACUUCUUGUUUGGAGGGAUUUGCUUUGCUAGUGUUUUGGUAUUGAUGUUUAGUAUGCCUGAGACAAGAGGUCUUAGCCUCGAGGCCAUCCAAGAGGCUNUUUUGGCUCCUGGUACUGCACAGAGGGGAAGAGUUGUUAGUAUGCUUAGGAGAUGGGCUGCUCUCGGUGGUUCUGAAAGUUCUGGGAGUUCACAGGCGAGCGAGUCGGUUAUUGAACUUAGGGAUGUAGGUGGUUUGUUGGAUCAGGACUCUCCUGCGAGUGGUGCAGAAGCAGCUUCUCUUGCCAGUGAAAGCGACAGAGUCGUCAGAGUCUAG